CCUGCUCCAUCUCCAUUUUCCCUCUUCUCUCUACUAUUCCGCAAGACCUAUUGUUCUCAGAGUCCCUUCAUCCUGAUCGUUUCCUCGUCCCCAGUACGAGGAUCAUCUAAAUAGUACACAAUGGCUGAGACUCAGGCUCCCGAGGUUGACUACACCCUCAACAACCCCGACACCUUGACCAAGUACAAGACUGCGGCUCAGAUCUCCCAGAAGGUCUUGGAGGCUGUUUCAGGACUAUGUGUUGAGGGAAGCAAGAUCGUUGAGCUCUGCCAGAAGGGUGACCAGCUCCUUGAGGAGGAGGUUGCCAAGGUCUACAAGGGCAAGAAGAUUUCCAAGGGUAUCGCUCACCCCACCACCGUCUCCCCCAACUCCUACGUGACUCCCUACACCCCCUUGGUAUCCGAUGCCGCCGAGGCCGAGACCACCUUGAAGGCCGGUGAGGUUGUUAAGAUUCAGCUUGGUGCUCAGAUCGAUGGCUUCGGAACCAUCGUUUGCGACAUGGUCAUUGUUGCCGACAGCAACUCCUCUUCCGACGAGGUCACUGGCCGCGAGGCUGAUCUCAUCCACGCUACUCACUACGCCAACGAGCUUCUCCUGAGACUCAUGGUUCCCCCUGGUCUGUUGGCCAGCGGAACUGAGGAGGAGAAGCAGAAGGCCGCCGCUCAGAAGGCCCCUACUCAGGCUCAGAUCACCCAGCUCAUUGAGAAGGUCGCCAAGGCCUACGACUGCAACGUCGUUGAGAACACCACCAGCUGGCUGUUCGCCCGCAACGAGAUCGAGGGCGAGAAGAAGAUCAUUCUCUCUCCCGGUACUGGUGUCAAGGGUGAGGGUGUUCCCGAUGUUGGUGAGGUCUGGGGUGUUGAGCUCGGACUCUCCCUUGGAUCUGGCAAGGUCAAGACUCUGCCCCACCGUGCUACUCUGCACCGCCGUACCACCACCACCUAUGGCCUCAAGCGUCCUAGCUCCAGACAGACCCUGUCUGAGGUCGUCAAGAAGUUCGGCACUUUCCCCUUCAGCUUGCGCCAGCUGGAUGACGAGAAGGCCGCUAAGGUUGGUGUCGUCGAGUGUGUCCGUGGUGGUGUCCUGAGACAGUACGAGCCCGCCGGUGAUGCUGACAACGCUGCCGUGUCCCGUGUUCUGUCCACCGUUGCCAUCACCAAGAACGGUCUCACCCGUCUCACUGCUCCCACCACUCCCGAUCUUACCAAGUUCAAGACGGACAAGAAGAUCGAGGAUGAGGAGAUUCUUAAGAUCCUUGAGCAGCCCUUGUCCAAAUCCACUGGCUCCAAGAAGAACAAGAACAAGAAGAAGAAGACUGCCAAGAAGGACGACUCUAACGACGAUGAGUAAACGCCUCGUUGCAGUGGCCCUCACUUGACGCAAUUCCGGGACUAUGUUUUGGCUCAAAUCAACGCACACGACAAUUAUUCGAGGUGAGUUUUGGUGGCUCCAAAGCCCUGGCGUUGUCCGCUGUAAUGGGGCUUUGUUUUGAGAGUCGGAGCCCUUUGGGCCUUCUCAAAGAUCGGAGGGGGUUGUCGGACUGCUGUACGCCAGAGACAAAUCUGGUGGGAGGACGUCCCUCUCCCUCGCAGUCCCUGUUCAAAACAAGUUGUCACAUAAAAUAGUCCAAAAAGAGGAAGAGUUGUAUAUGUCCAGUGAAAUUAGGCCGGAUACAGUACCCCAAUGAAUAUCAUGAAAGCUGGUGCCCGCCGGACCCGCUAAGUA